CGAUUGAAGCACUUCGAACCAAGCGGCGGCUGCAGCUGAGAGUCAUGAGCGACAGCGGCGAGCAGAACUACGGCGAGCGGGAAUCCCGUUCUGCUUCCAGAAGUGGAAAUGCUCAUGGAUCUGGGAAAUCUGCAAGGUGUACCCCUGCAAGGGCUCGCUCCAACGAAGAUUCUAGGCGUUCCAGAUCAAAGUCCAGGUCCAGAUCUGAAUCUAGGUCUAGAUCCAGAAGAAGUUCUCGAAGGCAUUAUACAAGGUCACAAUCUCUGUCUCGCUCCAGACGAUCCCGUAGCAGGUCUUACAGUCGAGAUUAUCGCAGACGUCAUAGCCACAGUCAUUCUCCCAUGUCUACUCGCAGGCGUCAUGUCGGGAACCGGGCAAAUCCUGAUCCCAACUGUUGUCUUGGAGUAUUUGGAUUGAGCUUGUACACUACAGAAAGAGAUCUAAGAGAAGUAUUCUCUAAAUAUGGCCCCAUUGCUGAUGUGUCUAUUGUAUACGACCAGCAGUCUAGACCUUCAAGAGGAUUUGCCUUUGUAUAUUUUGAAAAUGUAGAUGAUGACAAGGAAGCAAAAGAUCGAGCCAAUGGAAUGGAGCUUGAUGGACAUAGAAUCAGAGUUGAUUUCUCUAUAACAAAAAGACCACAUACCCCAACACCAGGAAUUUACAUGGGGAGACCUACCUAUGGCAGCUCACGGUGUCGUGAUUACUAUGACAGAGGAUACAAUCGAGGCUAUGAUGAUAAGAACUACUAUAGCAGAUCAUACAGAGGAGGAGGGGGUGGAGGAGGAGGAUGGAGAGCUGCUCAAGACAGGGAUCAGAUUCAUAGAAGGCAGUCACCUUCUCCUUACUAUAGUCGUGGAGGAUAUAGAUCGCGUUCCAGAUCUCGAUCAUACUGGCCUUGUCGCUAUUAAAGCAUGAAGUGGAAGACUUCCUGAAACCUCCCCUAGAGUUUGGAUAUUGUUUGUGGACAAUAUUUUUUAUUGUCUCCUGUUUAAAAAGUGAACAGUGCCUAGUGAAGUUAGGUGACUUUUACACCUUUUAUGAUGACUACUUUUGGUGGAGUUGAAAUGCUGUUCUCAUUCUGCAUUUGUGCAUUCCGGUGCUUUGUUCAAAGUUAAGUGUUUUCAGAAAAAUAUG